CUCCUAAAGGCAUACCCAUUGGUAACUCAAUGCACGACAACCGGUGUAUUGCUUGGGACGGGAGAUGUGAUCGCACAGAAAGGGUUGGAGAAAAGACAUGAAAUUAAUUGGAAACGGACGGCAAAGUUCGCCGCAUUUGGACUCUUAUUUAUUGGACCUGUUUUUAGAAAUUGGAUAUUAUUUCUGGAGAGAUUGUACGGCACGAGCGGCGCAUUUACUCCCAUCAAGAAAGUGCUCACCGAACAGUUAUUUUUCGCACCUGUACUACAAUUGACGUGCAUCGGAGUGUUGGGCGCAAUGAAUGGCCAUUCGUUGGCCCAAAUGGAGGCCCGCAUUCGUAAUGAUUACUGGGAUAUAAUGUGUGCCGUUUGGAAAGUGUGGCCAUUCGUCGGUUUAGUGAACCACUAUUUUAUUGCAGUCAACUAUAAAGUACUGGUCAUAGCAUUUGUCUCAUUCUUUUGGAAUAUAUACUACACGUGGAAAAUGGGCGAAAAGGGUGACCAAAAGAGUUAA